AUACCAGUAACAAAAUUAAUUAACAUUUUAUAUAUGUCUUAAAUGUUACAUGUGACUCGUCCUUUAUAAAGGGUCGAGUUAAAGAGACCGUCUAUUGUUCUAUACAAAGAAAUUUCAUUUAAACAUGAAGACAAAGUAAUCAAAAUUCAAAAAGUUAUUAGCUAAAUACCAGAAGAAACGAAUGAUCACACAUAUAGGCAAUAAGGAAAGAGUAUUCUCACAACUCGUUAGAUUAAAUUUGAUAUUUAAAUGACAAUCAUAUUCCUGUGUUUUUAUGUCUAGUCGUUAAUGACCUCAUAAUUUUACAAUGGGACUUUUCGCAAUAAACCAAUAUAACUUUGAUCGUUUAACAACUGAUUUAUGUAACAAUAAGCCCGAACAAGUGUUUAAUGGUAGUAAUGACGUACAGUCUAUCUCUUAUCCAUUUGUUUACAACGCCUGAAUGAUGAACAGCCUAUUUACAUAUAAUUCCAAUGUCAUUUGUGAAUUACUCAUCUAUCCAUUUUCAAACAAACUUUUCCUUUUAGUACAACAAAUUUAAUUUUGAAUUUAAUAACAUCCGAAUGAAAUUGACAUAAAGUCUGGCUAACUAAAUUGGCAAUUUCGUCAAGAAAAAAAAAACAUGGGAGGGCAAGAUGAAGAAAUUCUACAAUUCCAAGCAAACUUACGUAGGAUUAAUGAAGGAUACGUCAUGUUUAUUCUAUGUACUGUUGGAGUAAUGGGAAACAUUUUAGCAUUUUUGACAUUUUCAUCAAAACUUGUUAGAAACACGACUACAUCCCUGUAUCUGAGGGCAUUGGCGAUAGCGGAUAUAAUUGUGCUUACGACAGCGGUGUUCAGAUACAAAACAUACAAAUUAUUCCUCGACGAGAGUCACGAGUUAGAUACAGUGUUUCAUUUUGAUGCAUAUAGUGAAGUAUACAUUGAGCCACUUCAUUGGAUAGCUCUAGGUUCGUCAAGCUUCAUCACAAUAGCUCUAUCAUUUGAACGAUACCUAGCAGUUAGGUUUCCAUUGAUCAUUAAACGUAAAUGUACUACGUGCACGGUAAUGCUGUGUAUCUUUCUUGUCGUUGGAAUCAGUGUCGUGAUUAGUAUCCCGAACUACUUUUCAUACAAACUAGUACACUUCAACUUCUUUGGAGAAGAGAUUGCUGUAGCGACAUUAACAGACAUGGGAAAAUCAAGUCUAUAUCCGUGCAUUUAUCAUAAUUAUUUGAUUCCUGUUUUGUGGUAUAUCAUUCCGGCAGCACUUCUUUCUGUGAUUAAUAUUUUAUUGAUAUUUCUUGUUCAAAAGUCAUCAAGGAUUCGCGUCGGUGUCCCAAAUACGUUGAAUUCAAAUAGAAAACUAACAGUUAUGAUUAUAUUCAUUUUGUUAGUUUAUAUCAUAUGUAACCUGCCGAAAUGUAUAUUCAUGUUCUAUAAGAUUGUUAAUCAGAUGACAAACAAGAACGAAUGUACGGAUAUCACGAACAAAAUAGAUGCUCCACAAACGAAGGCAUAUCUCAUUAUAGAAGUUAUUACGGAACUUCUUAAUGUUCUGAACAGUUGUUUGAAUUUCUGUGUGUAUUGUUUAGUCGGUACUAGAUUCAGGACUGAGCUUGUACGUAUAUUACUGUGUAGAUGGAUGACACGACAGGACUUAGUACUAAUAAAUGGGAGUUAUCAAACAUCCAGCAUACGACGAGGAGCUACCUCAUAAUUCAAAUGACUUUAAAACAAGCUCAUAUAGAUUAUUUUUUGGUAUCUUAUUUAACAUGGAAGUUAUGUCAUUACAAUUAUACCUUGGUUUAACAUUUUUUGUUAUUUUAUCACCACCGGAAUAAAGGUAUCAUAACACGGCAUGUUGUUUUUUGUAUGUGAAAGCAUAAUAAGUGCAAAGAGAUGCUAUAAAUAAGUCAUAAUUUCACUAUGUAUUAUAAAGAUUGUUCUUAUGAACUUUUAUAUCUUAUUAUCUUAUUAUUACCUUUAUUUACCGUAAUGUAUAAAUAAUUCCACUGUACGUAUGUAUAAGCAUUCUAAAUGUAAGUAAAAAUAUACAACUAAUUUUGUGUUAUAUAUUGUGUAAAAGAACUUCAAACAA